UUUACCCAUGUGAACCAUGAAAAUUGAAAAACGAGGCCUCAUUUUUCUUUUACAAAAGACUGCAGGCUCAUGUUUAAAACUACUGCAAAGCUCAAGGAUACAAACCAAACUAGUGCCAGUUAGGUCGGCCGAAAAUAAACAACACAGUAAAAUUCGACUACCUCUCGAAAAAAUAAGUAAAAGUCGGCUCGGCGACGGCGGAGAGCGGCCGCGGCCUCGUCGCCAUCCACCCGCUCCGGCCACACGCCUGCGCACCUCACCAGCGUCGCCUCCUGUGUUAGUCGACUCGGUGAAGCCAGUUUCCGCUCGCCCCCUCCGAUCUCGUCUCCUAUCCAUCCGUUCCGGCCGCACACCUGCGCACCUCACCAGCCUUCGCCGCCAUGACAAGUGUGACGUCUCAGUGAUGCCACCAAAGGUGUCGGUCGCCGCCUGUAACGACGGCGUGCUGCCUGAAGAUGUGCUGCGUCGCAUCCUCGUGCGCCUCCCGGCCAAGACGCUAUGCCUCUUCCGAGCAGUCUGUCGAUCCUGGAGGUCUCUCCUCUCAGAUCGGCUCUUCGUUGCAGAGCACAAGUCCAACCACCCUGGGCCACUAAUCGUCACAUGUAACAGUGAGAUGUUUGAAAGAGGCACCAUUAACAUCAUGGAUUUGUCUGGCCAUGUCGUUAAGCGAAUAGCCACCAUGAAGGAUGCCAGGUUGGUGCGCACACGCCGCCUGGACCUUAUUUGUGUUACCGGACGUAAGAGCUGCCAUGUGAUCAACCCUGCCACGGGCGAUAGUUUUGCAUUGCCCAGUUGCCGCGCAAAGGAGCAUGCACAUGUGCAACAUUUCUUCCCAGAGUCAUUUGGCUUUGGACAGGUUGUCUCCACAGGAGAAUACAAGGCCCUACGCAGUGUUAGCAUUGAUAAUUCCGAUCAUGAGUCCAGCCCAAUGCUCUGUGAGGUCAUCACCCUUGAUGAUGGUCGCCAUGCAAGAUGGAGGGGCAAACAGGGCCCUCCGGCCCCUGUCACAAGUAAGUGUAAGAGAAGUAUUGCUGUCAACGGAGUCGUUUAUUUCUUGUUGGAUUUUCUAUACAAACGUUUCACAUUUUCUGGGGACCGUGUCAAACCGGGCAGCAUGGCUUUGUUCAACCUUGAGACAGAGGAGUGGAUGGGGAUUGUCCAAGGUCGAAUGCCAGUGAGCAGAUUUGUUAAGGACAGCAAUGGCAGGUGCGGUUAUUUUAGUCUAUACUUGGAGCUAUCACUGGUAAAUCUGGAUGGGUUCCUAGUUAUGGCGCACAAUCCUGAACGUUGCUCUUUGGACUUAUGGUUUUUGAUGGAUAUUGAGAAAUGUCUCUGGAAUAAAAGGUACAGCUUAGAUUUCCAACCUGAAAAUCUCUUUGCUCAACCCUUGGAAAUUCUAAACGAUGGGAAGAUAGUCCUCUCUACAACAGGAUCACUUAGACACUAUAAUCCAAUUACGAAGACUUACAUUGAUUUUGGGAUGAGAACUUCCAUAUUUGCUGGUACUUACACUGGAAAUCUUUUGUCUGUAGAGAGCACCUUCACUUCUGAGGCUGAACGUUGCACUACCUGUGGUUGCUAUUUCACCCUAGAAGCCAACGGACAAUCUGUAACCUGUCAAGAUUGUACUCCCUCCGUUUCAUAAUAUAAGUCUUUUUA